CUGAAACAUCACACCACAGACACGUGGGCCGACAACAUCAGACCGUCAUGUCGCAUCACACCUUCUCAUCCCAGAGCCUGGCACGGUUUGUGUGUGUCUUUGUGCCCUUGGCGCCCGCCUUCUUGUUCCCCGCCCCCCCCCGCAACAGCCGUCAGUUUCUGCUUCUUUGCUUCGCCCUUGGCGGCACCAGCCUUCUUCUUAGAUGCGGCCACGUCGACGCCCCACUCGUCGUCGUCCUCAUCGCUGCUCUCGGGUGCGUCACGCCCCUCCCGCCAAGGGCCGUCUGGGCUGUGCGCUCGCUUCUUGCGGUUGCGGGCCUUCUGCUGUCGGUCGUUUGCGAUCUCUGGCGCGCCUGCAGGUCGUGUGUCACUCCUGCUCGACGAGAACUCUAAGUGGCAUGGCCGUGGCGCACUCGUCAUUGCCACCGUUGAGCAGGCGGGCGUGGCAAGCCGGCUUUUCAAGCUGGGUGUCUUUGACGUUGUGUUUGCCAGUAGGUGCAUCACAGAGAGGUCAUAGAGAGCAGCAUAUGCACUCUGUCUGUGUCCUCUCCCCUCAGCUAAGGGAAGUCCCACCGAGGCCGUCCGGCAUCUUCUCAUCCGUAUGGCCAAAAAACUCCCCACGCGAAUAGUGGUAAGACAGCAAGAUCACGUACGGCAUCCACAAUAACGCACAGGCAGCGGGCACAUUGCCUGUGCAGGUUUUCCACAUGGGUGACGGCGACGCCCAUGGUUUGGAUAUCGCCCUCACCCUCGCUUCCCAACUGGAGCAGCACGGAAUCGAGAUCGGCUGGCUCACUGUAUCGCGCAUGCAGAUCGAGAAAUGGAAAAAGAAGGUAUGCGCGGAAAACGGUAUCUCACUUGCAUGGCUUCGCUGGGUUUAUGUCUGUUUGCGUGUGCGCACACUGACUCAGUUUGACUUGCAGUCGAAGGGAUGCAGCGAGACUGACAUGAAGAAGAUCAAGAGUCUGCUGAACGGCCCAGGUGACGGUGCGUCGCGAGACGAUCAACGAAGGUGGUUGCAGAAGAAAAACACAAAGGUGACGACACAGGAGAUGACACAGGCCUGAAUCAGAACCAAACCUCGAUGCUGACUGUGCUUGCACAGCUGUGGCAAUCCCUUCAGUACCAGAUUGAGGCAAUCGAGAGUACGGGGAAACAGAUGAAGCUCGAUGUAAGAAUGUCAGACACCAAUGGAGGCCAACCGGCACACAGACAGUGACUGGUGAUGUCCUCAGAUGGUGUUCGACCGUGUGGACACAGAGGUGCUAAGACAGGUGUUUCGGGAACUGCUGGAGAAGAGGCUAGGGCUAGACGUGAGCAUGAUGGCAUGAAUGGACAGGCUGUGUGAUUGUGGUCCUCGGCUUUUGGCUCGGUCGAAACACGUUAUCACGUGAAUCGGACUUUUUCUCAAGUAUCAGACUUGCGUGUCUUAUUAUUUUCAACCAAUCAGACUUUUCAUGUUUGCUCAAUGGACACGCCAAUCGAUUGAAUGCGUCUCGUAUG